ACUUGAUCUGGUUCAUAGUACUGGUAUUUGAGCUAGCUAGUUUCUCUUUCAACUGGUCAUUGUAACUCAUAGUGGCAUUCUUGGUAAUUACAACAACCACCGAGGCCCAACUCGCAGUACCCACCUUUAUAAAUAAAGUCUUCUGUGCAUGUACCCCCUCCCCAAAGUCCUACGACAACAACUCCCUCCCACCAAUAAAGUCUUCCUGUUACAGUCCCCUAAGAAACCAGUACUUCCUAACCAGAUAAACACUGCCACUUCAGAGAGAAAGAGAGAGAGAGAGAGAGAGAGAGAGAGAGAUGACAAGCAGCAUGAAUCUUGGGGUUGAUGACCAAAUGGAACUCAUUUCCGAGUACUAUCCCGAAUUCUACGCCAAAAUGGUUCCACAACAAGGAGAAGCAAAGCCGCGGAGGCGGCGGAGGAAGAAGAGCAAAGGAGACGAUGGGGGCGGCGGCGGAGGAGGCGGGUUCAAGAAGAGGAAGCUUAGCGAAGAACAGGUGAGCAUGCUGGAGUUGAGUUUCGGAGACGAGCACAAAUUGGAGUCGGAGAGGAAGGACAGGCUUGCUUCUGAACUCGGUCUGGAUCCACGCCAAGUGGCUGUCUGGUUCCAGAACAGAAGGGCACGGUGGAAGAGCAAGAAGCUUGAGGAACAGUACUCAAAGUUGAAGAUGGAGCACGACUCUACGGUCGUGGAGAAGUGCCGCCUCGAAACAGAGGUUUUGAAGCUCAAGGAGCAACUCUGCGAUGCGGAGAAGGACAUACAGAGGCUGCUGCUGGAGAGAUGUACCGACGGGGUUUCGAGCAACAGCCCGAGCACGUCGUUCUCGGUGGAAGCCAUGGACCCAGUACCGCCGUUUCUGGGUGAAUUCGGGAUGGAUGGGAUCGAAAACAUCUUUCAUUUCUCGGGCAUCAACUACGUUAAUCAAGGGCUGGAAUGGGCCAAUCUAUAUAUAUGAUCAUCAUAUAUAUAUGGAUAAAUAAUUAAUUAGUUAGAGAAAAUUAGGAGUAAUUGUGUAUAUAUAUAUAUAUAGCUGGUGUCCGUCUGAUCGAUGUACAUUUGUUUCCAUGUUUGCAAUCCGUUUCAGUGGUAGCUAGCUAGUUUGUAGUAUUUGACAUUUGACUAGCAAAUGAAUUGUCAAUGUAAUUAGUAUAACUUGAUUUUCGCCAUGGAAUCUAGUACUACUACUAUGUUUUUGUUUA